CUCAGCCUGUUAGUGCAAGCUGCAAGUCAAAAUUGUACUUUGAAGGUGACAAGAAGUGUGGAGGGAAUUAACUGAUUUAUCUGCUCCAGGACACAAACCAAGCAGCAGCGGUCUGGUGUUGGGGGUGAAGUGCUUCCGGGCUGCAACGGUUUUGGGAUUUAUUGACAUCUAGAAUGGAGGGGCCUCACGUCAGACAUGUCGAGGUGCUGGGAUUUGAAAAAAGAUUUGUCCCAAGUCAGCAUUAUGUUUAUAUGCUCAUGGUGAAGUGGAGUGACUUGUCGGAAAAACUCAUCUACCGAAAGUUCUCUGAAAUCUAUGAUUUCCAUAAAAUGCUGAAGGAACUGUUUCCUAUUGAAGCUGGAGAAAUAGAUCCCAAAGCCAGGACUCUCCCACAUUUACCAGCUCCCAGAUGGUUGGAAGGUCACAAAACCACAGAGAACAGACAGAGCACCCUCGCUGACUACUUACAAACGCUGCUCAGCCAGCCUCCCAAGAUCUCACACUGUCAGUGGAUUGUCAACUUCCUUCAGGUUCGCCCUGGUGAUGUUGCCGUCCCUAAUCCUCACCCGACAAAGAAGACAGAAACGUACCUGAUAUCAAAAGGCAGACCAAGGGCUAACUCCUCUGAAAUCACAGGACCAAUGCUGCUGCAAACAUAUCGUUCAAUUGCAGAUUAUCAGAAGAAUUCCAAGUAUGAAAUGAACAUCCAGACUGGGGAUAUUGUCGAGAUUGUGGAAAAACAUGAAAAUGGCUGGUGGUUCUGUCAGAUGGAAGGGCGGAGGGGCUGGCUGCCGGCAGCAUUCCUGGAGCCCUUGGAUGGACCUGACGAGAUUGAGGACCAGGAGCCCAACUAUGAAGGUGAACAUUAUAAAGUCAUUAAAAGCUAUAUGGCAGUGCAGGAGGACGAGAUGAGCCUGGAGGAGAACGAUGUGGUGGAUGUGAUCCACAAGCUGUUGGAUGGCUGGUGGGUAGUCCGGAAAUCUGAGGCGACUGGGUACUAUCCCUCUAUGUACCUCCAGAAAUCAGGCUGCACACUCAACUCUGGAUUCAGCGUGAACAAAGUGAAGAACCCACCCCCCCGCAGGUCAACCAUACGUAAUGCAAAGAGCAUCCAUAGGGCAGAGCGGAAGCAGAUAAGCCAGGAGUCGUACAGGCGGAACAGCAGACGGUAUCUCCAGCAGAGGGUCAACACAAGUGAUGCAGUCAACAACAGGAACGUGUGGAAGCAGAAGGUGGAUCCAAGGACAGAGGGGAAGCUUCCAUCUGCAGAUGCCAUCAGUGAGGAGGAAGAAAGUCAAAAGAUGGCCCCAGAAAUUCCUCCCCGGCCGACUCUCAGUGAGAUCAUGGCACACUGCUCUGAGAGAACCAAGAGCAAAAUAAAAUGAGUGUGAGCCUUUGCAGGAAACCAUUGGCAGCAGAUGCUGCCUGACUGGGGUCCUUCUUGCAUUUUUUGCUUUUAUUUCCAGCAUUUGCAGUUUAGUUCUGAAUUCAUCUGAGGAAGUUCCAGGUCCCAGACUGCACCAUGCACUGAAGUUGACUGUACAUGCCCCUGUGUUUGUAUUGGACACCAGCUUGUAUCGUUCUGCAGCAACCAACCUGGGCCAAGCUUGUCUUAGGAGUUGCUGAGACAAUGGGUCAGGGAAGACAAGCAGGAACAAAUCCUCUGCAAGAAUUUACACAUGUGUUAAAACAA